AUGCAGCAGGACACUGCCAAAUCAAGAGCGUCUUCUACUACAGUGCCUCUAGGAUUUCACUAUGAAACAAAAUAUGUCAUCCUCAGCUACUUGGGACUUCUCUCUCAGGAGAAGCUGCAAGAGCAAUGGCUUCCCUUACGCCAAGCCUUCACCAGCACAGGCUUUGAUCGUCACACUUCUCCCGUGUUCUGGGUUGGCCCUGCUAACCCAGAAAGCUCAGUAGAAGAUUUGGCCCAUCUUGGAGCAAGAGUGUCCCAAGACCUGAAAGAGCCUCUGCAUAAAGCACUGCAAAUGCUCCUCAGCCAGCCAGUGACAUAUCAGGCGUAUCAAGAAUGUGUACUGGAGGCUGCAGCUCAUGCCAGCGGCUGGAACAAGAUCUUGGUGCCUCUGGUUUUGCUACAGCAGAUGCUUUUGGAGUUGACAAGACGUGGUCAAGAGCCUUUGAGCGCACUGCUGCAGCUCAGUGUGGGGUAUCUGAAGGAGCACGCAGCAGAGUACAUCAUUCAGCAAGGCGGCUGGGGCACUGUAUUCAGUCUUGAGUGGGAGGAGGAGGAGUACCCUGGCCUCACUGCAGAGGACAGCAAUGACAUUUACAUUCUGCCCAGCGACAACUCUGGACAAGUCAGCCCCCGGGAGUCUCCAACCGGGUUGACCUCCUGGCAGUCAGAGAGCCUGCCUGUCUCCCUGUCCGCGAGCCAGAGCUGGCACACAGAAAGCCUCCCCGUGUCUCUCAGCCCUGAGCCCUGGCAGCAGAUUGCCAUGGAUCUUGAAGAAGUCAAAAGCUUGGAUAGCAGUGGAGCUGGGGAGAAGAGUGAGAACAACUCUCCCAACUCCGACUCUGUGCAUGUGGAGAAAGAAGAGAUGCCUAAGGGCGCGGCAGCGGUGGCCGGGGCUGCCACCGCCUUGCCAACCAGGGAGCCACCAAAGGAGCUGCGGAGCCCUGCUCCCUUGGUUCAGCACGUCACUGCCACUUCUUUGCUGCAGACGAGGACACCUGACCUGGAAGGGGUCUCCUUCGGGGGAGCCAGCCUUGCUGCGUCUCUGCUCCUGAGGCCUAGUGAAGAAGAGGUGCGAGCAGCAGCCGCGGAGCCUCAGGAGACGAACGAGGGGCGGCCCCUUGCAGGCCUUCCCUGCCCCGAGGGCAAGUCUAUACUGCUGUUCCCAGGGACCCCCGCUGUGGCCCUCCUGGUCGUGGCAGUUGGGGUCGCACUGGCUCUGAGAAGAAAGUGGUUUUUUCAGAGGAGAAGGAAGACGCAGAGGGUCUCAGUGGACGAGCCCUCAACCCAGCACUGUCUGCACAGCAUGAGGAAAACUCAACAGGCCCCGGCUCAGAAGCAGCAGGCGCAUCAAGCCUGUACUAUACCCUUAAACCUCACACCCAACAUGACAGGGAUGGCAGAACACGAAGGUCUGGGGAUCGAAAGUCUCCUGGAAAGCAUCUGUACAGCGAUAUUCCUAGAAAGUAUCCCUGAGGCCCCCGCGGGGACUUGUGACUCAGUGAAUUAG